AUAUUUUUGAAGAAGCAAGUCCAAGUCUGAUCAAAGAUUUGAGUUCUCAAAUGUCUCAGCUUCACCUUCACCUUCAGCUUCACCGUCACUAUCUCUCCCUCCCACAUUCUUCUUCUCUUCGUUCCAGAUUACCGUCAUUACAUCGCCGCAGUGUAGCUUCUUCGCCAACCAACUCUCCCCUCUAUCUCAACUCAACUAACUCCACCGUCUUUCGUCCUCUCACCUUCGUCAGAUCUCGUUCCAGCGAAUCCGACGUCACACCACAAUUUGAAUUGGAUAAAGCACAAGACAAACAGAAACCACUAAACCAAGCAAAUGGAAUAUUCUUGAUCAUACUUAUCAAUCUUGCCAUAUUUAUAGCUCAACACUUCUAUCAGGUUCGCGGGAUCAAAUCGAUGUAUUUGUCUAGCGAUUUUCCGGUAUGGUACCAGUUUGUGACUGCAACAUUCUGUCAUGCUAACUGGAACCAUCUGUCCAGCAAUCUUUUUCUCUUGUACAUCUUUGGAAAGAUUGUUGAAGAAGAGAAAGGAAACUUUGGUUUGUGGUUGUCUUACUUGUUUACUGGUGUUGGAGCUAACAUGGUUUCUUGGUUCACUUUACCGCCAAAUUCAUUUUUUUCUGGAGCCUCGGGAGCUGUUUUCGGGUUAUUUGUGAUCAGUGUCCUUGUCAAGAUGUCUCGGGGUUGGAGCAAAUUUCUUGAAGUUCUUAUAUUGGGUCAGUUUGUUAUGAAGAGGGUAUCUGAAGCAGUUCAGACUUCAACUGGAUUAUUAGAAACUAAAUUUUGUGGAUUUAUAUUUGGUGGCAAUGAAUUCCUGACAAUUAUUCAGACUGUUAGACCCGUUGCGCAGUUCUCGGGUGCUCUUCUUGGUGUUCUCUUAGUUUGGCUUCUCAGCAAAUUUCCCUUAGAGCAAUAAUUGAAUGCAAAGACAGGCUCUAAACCUAUCUGUGAGUAUUACUUCUUUCGAAGCAGAAUUGUGUCACUGGUUUGUGUAUGUUUACUGCUUAUUAAGAGUUUUAUUUCUUUCUCCAAAUCUAUGAGUCUGCAGUUAUUGAAAACAGCAACUGUACAAUACUUUUUCUUAUAUACAAGACUAUUCUGUUGUAA